CCAUUUCUGGAGUCCUGACAGGCUAAUAUAAACUAACAUUUUUGGGGCUUAGCCAUUACUGCCUCUCUUAGAAACUUAUCACAACAAAAAAUAUGCAAUAAGAAUAUGGAGAAAACACAGACAGCGGUGUCAAGCUCAUUCCUAUCAUUCCUUUCCGUUCCGCUCGCUGCUUUUUCCGUUUUCUUUGCCCUGCCAGGACCUAUUCCUGUAUUGGUUGAUCCGUUCGGAAGGCGCGGCGAAGGAGUAUUGCGGGUGGGGAGCGCGACAGUCUUAGCUUUUCAUUGACUGGCUGAGCAACCUCACCGCUUCCAGCAGGAGGCGGGUGAUGAUCACGUGGUGCAGAGAAUGAGAGGGAGAGCGGGGCCUUCCGGCAGUCCUGACGCUCUGCCCGCGACGUCAUUGUCGGGCAUUUCCGGGAGGGCGGCUGAGGCGACCUGAAGUGAAGCAGCCCACCAAGACACAAUGUCAGAGCUGAGUGAUGAAGCCAGCGAGUCGGAUCUGCUGAAUCUCAGCCUAUCCAUGUGGCAUGGAGCAGGUCAGAUGGUCUGUCGCCAAGAGUUAGAUGUUCCACUGGACCUUCACACAGCAGCCUCAAUCGGCCAGUAUGAGGUGGUAAAGGAGAAUAUUCAACGUGGGGAGGUAGAUCUGAAUCAGCGGAAUUGCGGCGGCUGGACCCCGCUAAUGUAUGCCUCUUACAUCGGUCAUGACACCAUUGUGCGCAUACUGCUAGAGGCUGGCGUGAAUGUGAAUGUACCAACACCAGAAGGGCAGACUCCACUGAUGCUGGCUUCUAGCUGUGGAAAUGAAAGCGUUGCUGCCUUCCUCCUUCAGCAAGGUGCCGAGUUGGAGAUGAAGGACAUCCAUGGCUGGACUGCCCUCUUCCACUGCACCAGUGCUGGCCAUCAGCAAAUGGUCAAGUUCUUAUUGGAUAAUGGAGCAAAUGCGAACUGCAGGGAGCCCCUUUAUGGAUAUACUCCUCUGAUGGAAGCAGCUGCAUCUGGCCAUGAGAUCAUUGUCCAGUAUCUUCUCAAUCAUGGUGUGAGAGUGGAUGUACGUGAUAGCACUGGGGCGACAGCACGGAUGUUGGCCAUGAAGUAUGGGCACAUGAAGAUUGUGGGGCUGUUAGACCUGCACACAGCCCCUGUGCCCAAGGUCUUCUGCAGGGGCCCAGGAAAGUAUGAAGAUCUCAGCUCCUCGGACGAAUCCUACUCUGCCCCUCAGAGGCAGAGGCCUGCUCGCAAGUCCAAAGGCCCCAGUAUUCACGAAGGACCCCACGCUCUGGCCAAGAUCACGGCGGUCAGAAUUGGAGUGAAAAGCCCGUCUCGUUAUGAGCAGGUCCCUCCAGAAGGCUAUGUUACCUUUAAUGAUGAUGGGAGUGCCUUUGAAGGAGGAGAUCUCCGCUACAGAGAUGUCACGUCUCCCAUCAAUGAGCAUGAUGUGGAAAGCAGCAGCAGCCGGGAAGAGAAUUCCCUCUUCACCAAUAACUUAGCCACCAUCAGGACCAGCAGCAGCAGCGAAAGUCUUGCCAAAGCUGUGGGGGUCAGCAGCGAGGGCUCUCUGGAAAGCAACGAGGAUUCUGACCAUGAAACAAAGCUCUCCAUUCGAAAGCACCCCAAGAGCUACAUGAAGGCAAAGAAUCGCUGCAGCAACAGCGACAGCCACUGGUCUUACCGAUCCCGGGUGUCCAGCCAUCACAGCAGCCCCUCUCACACAGAGGCUCCAUCUUACACGGGGCCCCAGGAUCUGGCCACCUUCCUUGAGCAGAUUGGCUGCCUGAAGUACCUGCAAGUGUUUGAGGAGCAAGACGUCGACCUUCGCAUCUUCCUGACCUUGACAGAGAGUGACUUGAAAGAGAUUGGCAUCACCCUCUUUGGACCAAAGAGGAAGAUGACCUCUGCCAUUGCUCGAUGGCAUAGCAGCGCCCGGCCUCCCAGUGAUGCCCUGGAGCUGGCCUAUGCUGAUCGCCUGGAAGCAGAAAUGCAGGAACUGGCCAUUCAGCUCCAUAAGAGGUGCGAGGAGGUAGAAGGGCUGAAGGGUCAGGUGUCCCAGGAGCAGGAGCUGCGUGCCGUGGUGGAGAGCUGCUUGAUGGAGCGGGAUGUGGUCUGGAGCAGUGCUCAGGCCAAACUCCGAGAGGUGCAGGCCAUCGCCAGGAAUGCUGGAAUCCUCCUAGAGCAGAUGCAGGCCUGUCAGGCAGAACUGUCUUCCCGAAUGAACCGAGAGCAUCCGGCUGGCCGGCUGUUGGAAGCGAAAGCGCAGCUGGGACCCAGCCCAGAAGGAUGGCCGUCCUCCUUGAAGGUCCUCAGUCUGCCUGAGCUCUCGGCUCUUCUGGAGCAGUGCUGGGGGGAAAUGGGGAAGGCUCUUAGUUCUGUCAACCUUAAUCUCGAGAGCCUGCAGAAUCUAGAGAAGGGCAAGCCGCCCCAGAAAUAGCCCUAGGAGUGGAGGAAGAGGUUCUGACGUCGGGUGAACGUUCCACCCAGAAGCUGUGUUUUACCUGAGGAGGAAGCAUGAGUGAGUGCGAGAGAGAGAGAGAGAGAUGGCUCAGCGGCACAGGUCAUCUGCAGCAAGAGCUGCCAGCGGCUGUCCUAGGAAAGCAGGUGUGCUGUUGCAGAGAAGGGAGGCCAGAUCUGCUGUGCUGAAGAAGGACCAUGGCACCUAAAUCCUGCUGGAAGAGCUGGAAGCAAAGGGUUCUCUCCAAGCUUGGAAGUUCCAAGGCGGCCAUUUUGUGUCUGCGUCUCUUGCUGGAUAUUCUGUCUGUUUUGGCAACCAGGUUCCUCUCCAUUGGUCCCCUUCCCUGUGCCCACAUGGAAGGAAAGAUGAGGCAGGAGGUGGCCAGGAGACCCUGCGCUUAGAGGGUUUUAUCUUUGGGAGGUUACCUGUUUGGGGGAUGCAAGGACUUCUGUGUCCUGCCCAGCUGCAUGGAGGCCUGAUGUAUACCUAAGCUGGCCCUGCAAUGGUGGGUAGGAGGUUCCAUUAUCAAAGCCCAUUGUUUAAGAAAGAAAGCAACCCAAACACACACACACUUUUUCAAUGAAAGUGCCUCCGUAGUAGCAACCACUGGGCCUCUUCUAGCCUUUUAUUCUUCCAGCAGGGAACUUGUGACUUUAUUCACAACAACUUACAAUGAGAUAGCACCUCUCACCGUAGGCGUGAAGUUAUAAAACUUCUUGCUGUCUUGACUUGGGGUGCUCAUGGCUUGGCCGGGAAAAUCUGUGAGCUCCAGCAACCAAAGACCACAACUUACAGGGAUUGCUUAUCCUGGUAUGCGCAAGAACUCAUGCCCACUUUGGAGAAUGGAAAUCCAGCGUUUGAUGUGACCUUGGGAAUGUUUAUCCCAGGCUAGCUGAUGGUGUGAAGUGGCUCCGGGAUUCAGAGCAAGAAGGUUCCCCAAGCCCAGCUAGCAACGUAUGUAGGCAGUCCUGGAGUUACUGAAUAACAUGUACUGUGUCUUGCUGGGCCUUGUCUGGUUUUUGGAGAAUGGGGGUGGGGGUGGGAGAGAGAGAGAGGUGAAGCUUUUUCAUUUAUCUGACUUGCUUCUGAUAUGCACAUCAUCACAUAGAGUUCAUGCAUAAGCCUUGGUUUGCUGCACACCUGUAUUGUGCGGAGACCUAAGCACAAAGCACAUAAUUGUCUCAGAAAAUUCUUGUGUUAAUAUUAUUAGGUCUUCACAUGAUGCAGGUAUCAAGUGAAGCAAGGCUUGUGCGUGGGCAGCAGGAGCAUAAAUCUGAAGCAGCUAGCAGAUGAAUCACACGGCCAUGUGUUUAACCUACAGGAUAAAAAGUUAUCCCAAAGCCAGGCAUGGCUGCACCCAGUAGCAAAGCUGUCCCAUUUUUUCCACUCCUGAAACAUGCAAAACAGUUACCCAAAAAAGUGCACAUUUUAGCAGGCUGGUGGAUGCUGUUCUGCAUCUGUUGUGCAAAAUGGAACCUUCCCAUUAACGCACAGG